AUGGCGUCCGCUCGUUUCUUCGCUAUCUCCUCUAUCCUGUCCCUGGCCGUUGCCGGCGUUGUCCCCAACGAGCCCAGACAGGUCAAUGUCUGCGACACCGGUGUCUACCCGAGCUUGCAGUGUCUCGAUGUCUGGGCUCCCGCGCAGGAGUACUGUGCGUCCUACUAUCCGGUUCCAUGCACCACCACCAUCACCCAGACCCUGGCGCGCAGGACUGCCGCUCCUGCGCCUACCAAUGAUCCCAACUCCGCCCUCUGGCUGUCCGUGAGCGCCGGACCUCAGAGCGUUAUCUCGACCUUGUGCGGCUGCAUCCAGAGCGCGACCGUGUGCGAUCCCGGUCUUCCCGAGGCCACCGAGACUGUGACGGCCUCGGCAACGACCACGACCACAACCACGACCACUCCCUCAUCGACCACCACGAGCACCACCACAAGCACCACUACUUCCACCACGACCACCACAACGACCACGACCACUACUUCUACCACCACCAGCACCACUACUACCACUACCAGCACUACAACAACCCUUCCUCCGGCCCCCGCCCCGACGUGCGGCUCCGCGGGCAGCUGCGGCACGUUCCAGAACUGCGGCGGCAGCGACACGUGCUACUGCUUCGGCGACAGCGACGGCAUCAACGCGUACUGCCUGGAAGACCAGUCCUGCCUUGACGCGGUGCCCUGCGUGACCGACGCCGACUGCCCGAACCAGGUUUGCAUCGCCGACAACAACUGCUGCGGCUUCAGCUACUGCGCGUCCGGCUGCGCCGCGCCCACCAAGCGGUCCGUGGCCUUCUCCGGAAACGCUACCGAGGAGCACCGCGGCUUCCGCCGCGAUUCUCUGUACGGCUCGGGCUUCUUCGAUGCGUAG